GUUCAAGCAUUCAUUCUAGAUCAGCCUCGGCUCUAUCCCCUUCUUCCUUCUCUUCUACUUGUCGGUCUCCACAGAUUCUGGUUAUUCAUGGCGUUUCUAGCUUAAUUUCGCCGGAGAGAUCAGCUUCAACAGCUUUCUCCCUCCAACUCACAGUAAGUGAUCUGAUCAGAGUGUGAUUUGAAGUAGAACAGUUCGCGAUUGGAGUGUGUAUAAGCUGCCGGAAAUCAUAGUACUUCUCUCUGCUUCGGUCCGAUCGUCGAUUUAGUUGCUCUAAUGGUGGAUCUAAGUGAUCAAGGAGGAUCAGAAUCGGAAGAGAUGAAUAGCGUAGCACAAAGCCCAGAAAGGCUAUCUCCAGAUACAACAAGCCAGAUCAAGACGUGUGCUGAUUGUGGAACCUCGAAGACUCCUCUCUGGAGAGGCGGCCCAGCUGGCCCUAAGUCUCUUUGCAAUGCUUGUGGGAUCAGAAGUAGGAAAAAGAGAAGGGCACUUCUGGCCAUUAACAAAGAUGACAAGAAGCAGAAGAAAUCAGCCGUGAUCAAGAACUCAGAUCAACAGAAUAGCAGCAAUUGCAGCGGAACCACCAGCGAGAGCUGUAGCGGAAGCAGCGGCGGUGUCAAGAGCCGGGUGAAUCAACAAGCACUACGGCCGACGGUGGCAGGGCGGAAGUUCUUGCCUUUUGGGAGAGAAGUGGCACUUCAGAGGCCAAGAUCGUCGCUGCAGAGGAGGAAAUACGGCGAAGUUGAGCUGGCGGCGUUCGUGCUGAUGUCCUUUUCAUGUCGAUCUGUGUUUGCCUAGUUUGUGCUAUGUAGUGGUGGGGUGUAGUUAGAUGAUGAGUAGUAAGUAGAGAAAUAAUGGGAAAAGCGAGCUCUAAGUAGUGGCCAUUCGUUGAAACGUACUCAUAUAUGUACUUGAUGGGGACUAUCGGCUCCAGUUUUUGGACCAACAUGUAUGGAUGAAUGAUUGAGAAUCAAUUAUGUUAUCGUUCAAGCUGGUCUCAGCAGUCUCAUUUUUGGUAUUCUACAUGUUGACCCAAUUUUGACUUAGA